CGUUUCCUCGAGAACGCAGUCUGAUUAAUACGGUCGAGAAAGUUAGUCGCACACGCAAAUUGGGUCAACGGAUUGAAGUUUGAACCGAAAUUAGAAAAAAGAAUAACCGUUUCAGGGUGAAAUCGAAGGCGAACGGCAGUAAAUCUACUAGUGAAGAUAACUACAUAAAACAACUCAGGCAUGGCGAAGAAAGGGAAAGCGAAGAAUGGGACUGGGAAGCCGGACGAACAACCUGCUGCAGUCGUACCGGAACAACAAGCCGCGGAGACUGCUCCUGUUGAAGAACCGGUAAAGCCCGCCGAGCAAGUGAAACCAGCUGAACCAAGCAAAGCGGAACCUGCCAAACCGGCCACCAACGAGAAGAAACCAGCAUCCCCGAAGCAAAACACCAAAGCAGCACCGGCCGCUAAGCCGAAAGAUGUCAAGAUCAACGAAACACCGAUUGUAACCAAGAUUGCUGCAGCCCCGGUUCGAAAUGGAGCAACGACUGCUGGUGAAACAACCGGUGCCGAAGCGACUGCUAGCGAAGCCGAGGGAGCUGGUGGAGAUGCAACCAACAAGAAAAAACGCAACCGUCGUCAUCGUAGGAAGAAGCUGGAGCAAGGUGAAAACGCUGGAGCUUCCGAGGACCAAGCGAAGCAGGAACAAUCCGGGGAACCGAAGCCGAAGAAGGAACACAAGAAAAAGCGAGCCAAGAGACUGCGGGCCCUUGCACUUGCCGAAGCAUGUGCCAAUGCUCAGAUUGCAUCUGCCGAGGGAGCGAUCGCUCAGGAUGCCACCAAACCUGCCGAAACCGUUGAAGUUUUACAGAAGAAGAUCGUUAUCGCUGAAAAGGUGCUGCAGCAAGUGCAACAGCAAACCAAGGAAGAGCAGAAGAAAAUCGAAACACUGAAACCGGAGUCACCAAAAUCGCAGCAGAAAAACAAGCAACAAGGUCGCAAUCGUAAUGACUCUGAAUCGCAGAAAAUAGCACAGAAGCAAGCCGAGGCUAAGCGAUUGGGCGAAGAAAAAGACAAAGUGUUGAAGGAAACUCAGCGACUGGAACAAGAAAAGGCGGCUAAACAAGCUCAGCUCAAGGAACUGCAGGCGGAACAAGCGCAACAAGAAACAGCCGCACGCAAACUUCGCGAAGAAAAGGAACGCAUCGCUCAAGAAACCGCUAAACUUACCGAACAAUCGGCACGCGUUGAAGCAGUUGAGAAGAAGAUCAACGAAAUCGAAAAAGUGAAACAACAACGCAACAGGAAAGACUCCGACUCGAACAAACAGAAGAAGGAACUGGAACAAGAGAAGGCAGCCAAAGAGGCUCAACUCAAAGCACUGAAGGCGGAACAAACGAAAAAUGAAGAGGCUGCCCAAAAGCUGCGUGACGAGAAGCAGCGUCUACAGGAAUCUGCAAAGCAACCCGAACAACAACCCGCACCAGCAGAUGUGGAAAAGCUGAAGCAACAGCGAACCCGGAAGGAUUCCGAUAAACAGAAGAAGGAACGCAAAGAUUCAGAAUCGGCAAAAAAGCAAAACGAAGCGCAGGCAAAAGCCGAGGAAGCUAAGAAGCUAGCAGCCGAUAAGAAGGCGGCGGAUGAGAAGGCAGCUGCCGAGAAAAAAGCCGCCGAGGAACAGGCGAAGGCAAAGCAGUUAGCGGAGAAGAAAGCAGCCGAAGAAAAGGCUGAAGCCGAAAAGAAGGCUGCCGAGGAGAAGGCCAAAAAGGCGGCAGCUGAAAAGGCGGCCGCGGAGGCCAAGAAGGCCGCUGAAGAAAAGGCCGCAGCUGAGAAGAAGGCUGCCGAAGAGAAGGCAAAGAAGGCGGCUGCCGAGAAGGCUGCUGCUGAAAAGGCUGCUGCACAAAAAGCAGCAGCUGAGAAGGCUGCUGCUGAAAAGGCCGCUGCCCAGAAGGCUGCGGCUGAAAAGGCUGCGGCUGAAAAAGCAGCUGCAGAGAAGGCCGCUGCUCAGAAAGCAGCAGCUGAAAAGGCUGCUGCCGAAAAGGCCGCUGCUGAGAAGGCCGCUGCUGAGAAGGCUGCUGCCGAGAAGGCCGCUGCUGAGAAGGCUGCUGCCGAGAAGGCCGCAGCUGAAAAGGCUGCUGCUGAGAAGGCUGCUGCUGAGAAGGCUGCUGCCGAAAAAGCCGCUGCUGAAAAGAAGGCUGCCGAGGAGAAAGCCAAAAAGGCUGCUGCAGAAAAAAAGGCAGCAGAAGAGAAGGCCGCUGCAGAGAAAAAGGCUGCCGCUGAAAAGAAGGCAGCGGAAGAGAAAGCUGCUGCAGAAAAGAAAGCAGCUGAUGAGAAGGCCAAGAAGGCUGCUGCUGAAAAGGCUGCUGCUGAGAAGGCCGCUGCUCAAAAGGCAGCAGCCGAAAAAGCUGCCGCCGAAAAGGCCGCAGCUGAAAAGGCUGCCGCUGAAAAAGCUGCUGCUGAAAAGGCUGCUGCUGAAAAGGCUGCCGCUGAAAAGGCUGCUGCCGAAAAAGCCGCUGCGGAAAAGGCUGCCGCUGAGAAGGCUGCUGCCGAAAAGGUCGCUGCUGAAAAGGCUGCCGUUGCUAAAGCUCCAGUCGCUGCCGAGGCUAAAAAAUCUGAUAAACCGAACGAAAGUAAAGGGAAACAGGAUUCUAAAGGGAACAAAAACAAGAAUAAUAAACGUACUCCAAAGAGCAGUGUGUCAGAAGAGGAAAAAUCUACCGGUCCAAAAAACGUGGAAAGCAGCGGUUUUGUCUCAUCUGCUAAACCCGAGCCAGUUGUCGCAAAAUCGCUAGAAACUGCUGCCGUUACUGCUGUUGCUGCUGCCUGUCCCGUAGCUGCUGAAAAGAAACCUUCAUCUCCAGAAAAGGCUGCUCCUCAAAAGGCUGCAUCGAAUGACCAAAAGAAGACUUCACCAACGCCAAAGACAACAGCACCCCCUGCUACCAAAGCUAAAACUCCUCCUCCAGCAUCAGGCAAACCCAACACACCUUCCAAGUCACCAGAGAAGACAAUUCCCAAAACCUCUCCGACUCCUACCCCACUUAAAAAAGCUCCUUCCCCGCCGAAAACUGUACCAGCAAAAGCCGCUCCAAAACCAAACACCCCUCCCACGACUCCAAAAUCUAACAAAAAACCCGAACUUCCUCCAAAGCCCGAGUUCCUUAAGCGAAAAUCACCUUCCGUAGAGAAGGAGAAGCUACCUGCCGGCAAGCCAGCGACUCCACCAGCCACCCCACCGACCCCCACGGAAGCUGUUGCUGCACCACAGGUAUCAAAUGCAACCCCAGCUCCCAGUCCUGCAUCCACACCAGCAAGUCCUGCCCCACCUUCCCCUAGCACUGAAGCGCCCUCAACUUCGGACGCUGCAGCCGUUGCUCGGUUAUCAGACGAGCUGAACGGAGCCGCCAAGAAACCUGCCGCUGCCAACAACAAAUCGAAACCCGCCCCCAAAAAACCCGAAGUUCCUCCAAAACCCGACAUCCACAACAAGAACGCAGCCAAAAUGAAGACACCCAUCAAACAACCUGCCGCCUCUGGAACGAAGGCUUCGACGUCUGAUUCCAGGUCCCCAGCCACGGAGCUAAGUAAAUCGGAAGCAUUUAAGAAGAACAUGGAGAUUAUUUCCACCCUAGCCGACAUCCUGCUAUCCCAUCCCAAGAAAAAGAAAUCCUCCCUGUCCCAAGAUCCCGAAGAAUCCGUUUCAUCAACAUCUCCCAGCAACAGUGACUCAGUAGACACAUCUCAAUCUUCACCAGACGACACCACACCUUCAAAAUCGAAUUCCAAAAGUCGAAAGUCAAGCUUAAAUCUCGAUCGCAUUCUCUCGAUCCUCCAAAGUGGUACACCAAAUCCAAAGCCAGCUAAUGGCAAUGGUGCUGGGGCCACAGCCGAGGACGUCCAACCAUCAACAUCAUCAGCAGCUUCAUCGUCCACCAAACAACCCAAACCUACAUCGCUGAAGGCCGAUUCAUUCGCGUCCCAUCAAUCCCUGCUAACCAAGGAAGCUAUCCGUUCUCUGAUGCCUACCUUGCAGGAGGUAAACCUUAAGUUUAACGUCGAAAAGCAGCUAGCGGCACUCAAUGCGACCGCUGCCGCUGCCAAGCUGAUGCCCAAAACCCUUCCACCGGGCACCGACACGACCGAAGACGACGAACUGGAGGAAAGCUUCGACGAGGAGGAGGAAGCGAUCGAGUACAAAUUCGCCCCUAGACCGGUAUUUCUCGCCACCAACUGUCAGAUCUGCAAGAAUCCACUGAGGAACAUCGUCCAGUGCGAAAACUGCCGGAUGGUGUCCUACUGUAGCGAAGAACACCGAAUGUCCGACGGAAGUGUCCAUCGAGACCUAUGCGGUGUCAUCAUGGAACUUGCAAAGAGGAGAGGUGGUCACAUCUACAACCUGGCACACAAGUUGUCCGAUCAGGAGUACCGCAAUCUGCGGGUGCACACCUUAAACCAAUCGGAGCAAAUGCUCCAGCGGCCUUUGCAACCAUUCGAACGAGAAAUCCUUCUAUUCCCGAGAACCUGCUGCUCACCGAUGUGUCGCGAGUGGCGCCAAGAUCUACUCACCGAAUGCAAAGACUGCCGACAGGUUUCCUUCUGUGCUGAACAUCCCGAUCACUUGCUACCAACGCACUCCAAGUGGUGCAAAUCGUUCUUCCUUUUCCAAAAGUUGAUCCUCCGGCAGAAAAUUCUCGGCCGCAUCGAACCGGUUCUACCGAUGCGAAUCUUCAGCAAAUCAUUCCCCAUUCCACCGAACAUCGACGAAGUGAUGAAGCUGCUGUAUAAGAACUCAAACGUGCUCCGUGACGAGUGUGUCUACGCAACGCUGACACAGAUCGCCACCGCACCGUUGACCGCACUGCACGGCUACCUGCAGACCGGUCUCAAACCAUCAGAAACCUUCACCAUCCAUCUGGUCGGUGCCGAGUUGCAGUUUGAGGGUGACACCCUGGACAAGUGGGAAGCGUUCUUCCUGCAUCUUGUGCCGGAGAUCACGGAACUGCGCGUCGUCUUCGUCGGGCCGGAGCUGAACGUCGAGAAUCUGCCCAUCGAUAUCAUCAGCCGAAUUAGAAUGUGCCGAGCCUGCCGGAUCAAAUUCCGAACGGUGAAGUUCGACUUCCAAUGCCGGCGGCUGUACCACGACUACUGGAAGGAUUCUUGCUACACCAAACCAAACCUGGUGUGCUUCUAUAAUCCGGGACUGCACCGGUCCACCGGAUUCGGUUUCCUGGAUAGUUGGCCCCGAACCAUCGCAGCUGCAACGGUAGCAAACUGUCCCAUUUUGGUGACCGCUUACACCGAAUACGAGAGCCCUCUGGAUUUGGACCGAUUGCAGAAAGAGACCCAGCGACCGUUGGCGAUUGUGCAGGAACCGAUCCCGAAUCCCUUUGCUUCGCAGCGUCCCGAUAGGAAUUUCAUAUCCGAAGAAAUUGCCCCUAUGAUUUUUAAGAACUUUUAUUAUUUUGUUGUUAAAUGAAAUAUCAAUUGUGCUUUUCUUUUUAAAUUAUUGAAAAUCCUAAGCUAAAUUGGAAAAGUUCCCCCAUGAUUGCUGGUUCACAAUAAUUCGAAUUGGGAAAUCUUUCCGACCCUACUAACAUCUAUUUUUCUCCAACUAUCCUCUUACUUCCGUUAGAAUGUGCCGCACCUGCCGGCUAAAGUGCCGGGUGGUCAAAUUUGACUUCCAGUGCCGCCGAUACUACCACGACUACCGUCAGGACAGAAGUUGCUAUUCCCAACCGGAUCUGAUCUGCUUUUUCAAUCCAAUCC